AUGGCAGCGGUCAGCCGCUGUCAAGCUGAUGGCGAGCAUGUGCCAACAGAGCUAAUAGCCUCAGUACCAGGUACACUUCAGAUUGCUGAGGGUAAUCUGGUAUCAAAAGAAAGUGGCGACCUGCGGAACGUGCCAGGACUAUAUAAUCCGCAUCAAAUGGCGGCUUGGAAAUCAACAGUCGAAGCUUUUCAUUGCAAAGCAAGCUUCAAUUUUGCUCAACUAUAUACAAUAGGCCGAGCAGCGUAUAGAGAAGUAGACGAUGAAAAGGACUUCGAAUUUAGAAGCCCGAGCGCUAUUCCAUGGAAAGAUGGUGCCCGCACACCAACAGUCAUGACGACAGCAGAUAUUAAGGAAACCAUAAAAAAUUUUGUGGGGGCUGCAAAAAAUGCAAUGGAAGCGGGCUUUGAUGGGGUCGAAAUACAUGGCGCAAACGGCUAUCUCAUCGACACCUUUAUUCAAGACAUUAGCAACCAGCGCGAUGACGAAUAUGGCGGUUGUAUUGAGAAUCGGUCUCGUUUCGCAUACGAAAUUAUAAAAGCUGAUGCUCAUGCAAUUGGGGUCAACCGAGUUGGACUCCACCUGAUAAAGAAGGCAGACAAAUUAGGCAUCGCUUAUAUCCAUCUAAUUGAGUCGCGCAUCACUGGUUGGGACAAUAUUCCUGAGAACGGGCGACUAGAUUUUGCAUAUAGCAUUUUCAGGGGGCCGAUUCUUGUUUCUGGAGGCUAUACAACAGAAAACAUUGCCGUCAUGUUUGGGAGAUGUUUUACAUCAAAUCCAGAUCUGGUAUUCAAAAUAGAGCAGAAUCUAAAGUUUACCCCAUUCAAUGUGGAGGACUUUAUAUAUUCCCAGACGCCUAAGGGAUACACUGAUUAUAUAUUCAGUGAUGAAUAUUUAGGAAGUCUCAAUACUACUCAAGUUGCUUCGCAAUAUGCUCAAGCGGGAAGCAUGCAAACAUCCGUUUCUUUAGCAACAGCCUUCAAGUCUGUCAGCAUGUAUUUCCAAGAAUUCGGCUGGUAUAGGCAUAUUUCCUAG